AGACACGUGUUUCCGUUUUCAUUCAUCGUCAGAGUGACAAUCAGUCGGUGGAUUUUAUUUUGGUUCUCCCUUUUUCGCACCACAGCAGUUUCAAUUUGCGUGCCUAUGUUAUCAGAUGUUUCGUCCGUGUUGCUAUCACUAGUAUCGCCCAUCUCGGUGGUGCUCCACUUUAUUGCACAGAGCUUAGUGUUAUCAUUCGGAAGAAACGUGAACACGGCUAUUUGUUGCAAUUACUUUUGAGUGACAUUCUACUGAAGUUCUUCUUUAUUUUUUUUUCGGUGUGAAUUAAAGUGCGAGGAACUUCCCUACCCGAAUCGGCAAUCUCACUCUCAAUCAAUCCCGUUGUAUGUGUCUGUUCGAAAGAUGAUUCUUCCGGCUGAUUUACUUUGACAGUAGCUUUAAAAAAUAUGUGUGCUUUGCAUAAAUGAACUAUUUAUAGCAGCAAGUUAUCCAACCGUGAAAAUUAUUUAUUUUUGUGAGCGAUCAUACAAGAUAUAAUUUUAUAUCUGUCGAGUGUGAACAUAUUAAUUUUUCAUUCUUUCUCCUGUAUCAGCCAAAAGACAAUGACUCUUCAGUCCAUUCGAUAUGAGAAAGGGAGUCUGGAAAUUCUGGAUCAACUACUUCUUCCCGUUCAGUCAAAGUACAUUGCUGUGAAAGGUGUUGAGGAUGGCUGGAGAGUGAUUAAUAAAAUGCAGGUUCGCGGAGCCCCGGCAAUUGCCAUUGUUGGGUGCCUUUCUUUGGCUGUGGAAAUCUAUCCUGAGGAGUAUGAGAGUAAGAAGACACUGCGCCAGGAGAUUGAGGGAAAACUCAAUUAUCUGGUGUCCAGUAGACCAACGGCUGUUAAUAUGAAGGGUGCUGCAGAAGAGAUGAUCGCCUUAGCCAAUGAUUUGGCCAAAGAUGACUCAGUGUCUGCAUCGGAGAUGAAACAGAGGUUUUUGGCGGCCACAGAGGCGAUGCUUCAGAAAGAUAUUUCAGAUAACAUGGCGAUUGGCACUCAUGGUGCAACUGCAAUUUUAUCUAAUGUCUCUGGCGAUGGACCAAUCCGUGUUUUAACGCACUGCAACACGGGGUCAUUAGCGACUGCCGGGUAUGGAACAGCACUGGGAGUUGUGAGAAAAUUGCAUGAACUGAAGCGAUUAGAACACGUUUAUUGCACUGAGACACGUCCAUAUAAUCAAGGUGCCCGACUCACAGCCUUCGAAUUGGUCCACGAUAAGCUUCCGGCCACCUUGAUCCUGGACAGUAUGGUGGCUGCACUCUUCCGCUGUCGCAAUAUCGGCGCAGUUGUCGUGGGCGCCGAUCGAGUGGCUGCGAAUGGUGAUACUGCCAACAAGAUUGGCACGUACCAGAUUGCUGUCGUGGCCAAACAUCACGGUGUACCAUUCUACAUCGCAGCCCCGCUCACGUCCAUCGACCUCAAGAUCUCGUGCGGCGACCACAUCAUCAUCGAGGAGCGGCCAGAUCGCGAAAUGACGCACGUUGGCGAACAUCGAAUUGCCGCUCCUGGGAUCACGUGCUGGAAUCCAGCUUUUGACGUCACCCCAGCCGCUCUUAUCUCUGGCAUAAUCACGGAGAAGGGCGUGUUCACGCCCAAUGAACUCCAGGAGCAGGUUCUCAAGCACACACAGCCAUCCAGCGAUUCCUAACUCACUCAGCCGAUUCGCCAGAAAAGUCCCAAAAUCUCCAACAGCCACAUAGAGAUUCGUGUCCAACUGUACGUUAACGGUGUUUCUUCCAGAAUUUACAAUUAAUUCACUCUUUAUUAUUUUUCUUUAUUGUUUUUUUUGUAAAACACAACAAUAUUAAAUAAUUGCUAUAUUUGUAACUUCCCA